UUAAAUUCAAUGUGACGAAGUAGGAAGAUUUUUACGCUGAAACUUUUACUUGGAAUUAUAUCAACCUUUAUUUUUUGUGAACAUGGAUGCACCGAAAACUUCUGAUAUUGUUCUUCUCUCUGGUAAUUCUCAUCCAGAAUUGGCGAAUUUAAUUCAUAAACGAUUAGGGGUAAAAUCUAGCGGAUGCGCUGUCUACCAUAAAUCUAAUCGUGAGUCAAUGGUCCAAAUAAAUGAUUCUAUAAGAGGAAAAGAUGUAUAUAUAAUUCAAACAGGAGCAAAAGAUGUUAACAACAACAUAAUGGAGCUGCUUAUAAUGGCAUAUGCUUGUAAAACUUCAUCAGCAAAAUCUAUUGUUGGAGUGAUUCCUUAUCUACCAUACAGUAAGCAGUGCAAGAUGAGGAAGAGAGGUAGUAUUGUCACAAAAUUGUUAGCUCAAAUGAUGUGCAAUUCUGGGUUAACACAUAUUAUAACAAUGGACCUACAUCAAAAAGAAAUCCAAGGAUUUUUUGAUUGCCCAGUAGAUAACUUGAGAGCAAGUCCUUUUCUUCUUCAGUAUAUUCAAGAAAGUAUUCCAGAUUAUCGUAAUUCAGUAAUAGUAGCAAGAAAUCCAGCUGCUACUGGUAAGGCCACUUCAUAUGCUGAACGUCUUCGUCUUGGUAUAGCUGUUAUUCAUGGAGAACAGAAACAGUCUGAUUCUGAUGAAGUAGAUGGAAGAUAUUCCCCACCUACCUUACCAAGAUCACGUACUAUGGAUGCAGGAGUAGGUGUGCCUGUACAUAUUGCUAAGGAAAAACCUCCGAUAAAUGUAGUGGGUGAUGUAGGAGGGCGAAUAGCUAUCAUGGUGGACGACUUAAUAGAUGAUGUCCAAUCUUUUGUAGCAGCUGCUGAAGUUCUUAAAGAACGUGGAGCCUAUAAGAUAUAUGUUUUGGCAACCCAUGGUCUACUUUCGUCUGAUGCUCCACGUCUAAUAGAAGAUUCACCAAUUGAUGAGGUGGUAGUCACAAACACAAUUCCCCAUGAGCUGCAGAAAAUGCAGUGUCAUAAGAUUAAAACUGUGGAUAUAUCAAUAUUGCUCUCUGAAGCUAUUAGAAGAAUUCACAACAAGGAAUCCAUGUCAUAUCUAUUUAAGAAUGUUACAUUGGAAGACUAAAUCUUCAUAUAUUGAACAAAAAAAUUCGGUAUUAUUGAUUUUUUAGGAAUAUAGUAUGCAAUUAAUAUAA